UGCGUCCCCGGAAGCAGCGGGAGGCGGCGGCGGCGGAGGAGGCGGGCGUCCGGGCAGCGGCGCCGGUAGCGGCCUCCCCCCCCGCCCCCGGCCCCCUCCCCGCGGCCCCCUCAGGGCAGGAGGAUGGUGCAGAGCCCGCCCGCACGGCAGCCCCGCCGCCUCUGAGCCCCGCCGCUGCCUCCGGGCCUCCGCCCGCCCGGCCCGGGGGCCUCUUCCCCUCUUGGGGCGCCGGUGAACAAUCAGAAUAAUGUUCAACAUAAACCUGUUGGAGAACCUGAAGGUUUACAUCAGCAGUCGACCUCCGCUUGUGGUCUUUAUGAUCAGUGUAAGCGCUAUGGCGAUAGCUUUUCUGACACUGGGUUAUUUCUUCAAAAUCAAGGAGAUCAAGUCACCAGAAAUGACAGAGGACUGGAAUACCUUCCUCCUGAGGUUUAAUGAUUUGGACUUCUGUAUAUCUGAGAAUGAAACCUUAAAGCAUCUCAUCAAUGAUACCACAACUCCAGAAAGUACCGUGACAAGUGGGCAGGCGAGAUCUUCUACACAGUCUCCACAGACUCUUGAGGACUCCGGUCCAAUAAACAUCUCUGUUACAAUCACGUUGACGCUGGACCCGCUCCGACCGUUUGGCGGAUAUUCUCGCAAUGUCACACAUCUUAGUUCCACCAUUUUUGGACACCAAAUCGGACUCUCAGGCAGAGAAUCCCACGAGGAAAUAAAUAUUACGUUCACCCUGCCGGCUGCCUGGAAUUCAGAUGACUGCGUUCUUCACGGCCACUGCGAGCAGGUCGUGUUCACAACCUGCAUGACUGUGACGGCAGCCAGCAGCGUGUUUCCUGUCACAGUUCAGCCGCCACAUUGUGUUCCUGAGACGUACAGCAAUGCUACGCUUUGGUACAAGAUCUUUACCACAGCCAGGGACUCCAAUACAAAAUAUGCACAAGAUUAUAACCCUUUCUGGUGUUACAAAGGAGCAAUCGGAAAAGUGUAUCAUGCUUUAAAUCCCAAACUAACUGUUAUAGUUCCAGAUGAUGAUCGCUCUCUAAUAAACCUGCAUCUCAUGCACACCAGUUACUUUCUUUUUGUGAUGGUGAUUACGAUGUUCUGCUAUGCAGUUAUUAAAGGCAGACCAAGCAAACUGAGGCAAAGCAAUACAGAAUUCUGCUCUGAAAAGGUUGCUUUGUCAGAAGCAUAAUCCAUCCUCUCCUUUUACUGAGAAUGACUGAGAACCGUGAUCAUUGCCUGCUGAACCCAGAAUGGGUCUUAACACUCUGUGAAUACAUUAUCUUGCAAUGUUGGUUUAUUCCAACCAAAGACAUUUCAAGUGCCUGUAAUUGAUUUGUACAUAUUUAUAAAAGUAUAUUCCGAAUAGGUCAGAUGAUGCACUUGUUCCGCAUUGUAGUGCGGCGGGAAACUUUCCAGUCUUUACCUGUGGACAUAGCCGAAUGUUUGUGUAGAUAUGUUUAGUGAUAUGGCUACAUAUAGUCAGAGCAAGAUAUUUUUGUCUAGCUGCAUCUGGGCAGGUUAAGAUGCCUUUGCAAGUGUCUCACACAAACCCAACAGAUCUUUGGUUUUUUGCCCAAUGAUAUGUACAGUGUGUUUGAAACAGUAUGCACCUUUGAUAUAAUACUGCAUUUCCAAAGCCACCAAUCUACUACAUGAAUUAAAUGUGUAUUUGUGUGGCCUAAUACUUUCUUCCAUUUGCUCCUUGCUUGCAAGAAAAAGAUAUCAACGUUUUAGAUUUUUUUUUUUUUUUUUUUUUGAAAAAGAAAUACAUAGUCACAUUUUAAUAGUGCUGUAUUUAGGACAAACUUGUGCUUUUAUUCAUAGUAAAAAAAAAAAAAAAAAAGAAGUGAAGUCCCAUUUUAAAAUGUUUCUUAUUGAAAAGUGCUAAGUUUGGUUUUUAUUUUUUUUUCCAUUUGGCUUGCUGAAUGCCAGAGAAUCGGUCAGCAUAGAGACUAUCUGGAAAGCUUUCCACUUGGCCUCCCAUCCGCAGCCCUCAAACCAGGAUUGUGCAUCUUUGCUGCAGAGCAGCUUUCUGUAAACUUUUUUUUUUUUUUUUCUAGAAAGUGAAAGUUAGUAAAAAGAUGUAUUGUAUUAACAGUCUGUUGGGGCUCUGCACAGCCUUGGGCAAGUGCAAAUAAUGAAAGGAAAAGAAAUCCCAUAGUCUGUUACCGAGCUUCACUUUGGGACUCUCCAUCCAUCUCCGAAGGGCAGCUGAAAAUGACACUUUUAUUAGCUUUGUCCGAUUUCCAUUUAAUGCUGUCCACUCGGGGGAAGAUGACGGGGAGAGAACUGGGGCUGUUGUGAGUAAGGUCAAAGAAACCACACAGUAAAACACCCACUCUUCUCUGUGUCCAUUCUUAAAUCAGACGUUUUCUUCUGUGCACUUCUCCCUUUCUCAUUCCAGCUUUUGCUGUUUCUUUUUGGCUUCUUAUUCAGUAGCCUCCUUAAUUUUUAGGAGUCGGGGUUUUCCUGCAGACAUUUCCGCCGCUGCUUUUAAAAUCUCACUGGUUGCCUUAAUUGACCUUUCAUCUUGUCUUUCGGCUUUCUUGUCAGGUAGUAUAACUGUAGGUCUGCAUACAUACACAUAAGCUUUUUUUCCUCCUCCUCUUGCUCUAAACUACGCAAAAGAAGAAACCCAAGUCAAAAAUCUCAGAGUCUCAGUUAUGCUGGCAUAAGAUUCUUAGUUUAUUACCUUUAGACGCUAUUGAGUGGUACCCUGCUGGUCUGUACGUAUGGGACUUCAGUAAGUUCAUGAGUCUUCAGAGCGUUUGAAGCAAAAUAGUCACACUUUUCUUCAAAACAUGUUUCCUUUAGAGAAUUUCAGUUACUUAAAUGGUGUUAACUAACAAGCGUUUUUCUCCAGGGAUGUUAAGGCAGAGCUUUAGAGACGGCCUAGUUUGAAGUCGAGGGAUAAAAUGAAGCUUCCAGUUUUCUCCUGGUGCUGCUAUGGGCUGAUAAUGGCUUCGCUGAGACGAAUGGGUGAAGUCAAACCAGGUAGACGGCUUCUCAUGAGAAGUGUCCGAGCUGUUCCUAAUUCACGCGUGCCCAGCCUCCUGCAUGAAUACUGACUUCUAGAGCUGCCCGCCGGGGUGGCUUGGUCUGGGGACCAAAGGCAGGAAUAGGAAACAGAUCCGGGGUGAUGUUGCAAAUUCUGGAAAUACCUAGAAAACACCCAGCGUAACGCGAGUCCUUUGGGGUGGGGGGGGUGGGGGGGAGGCAAAGCUAGGUCCUUUCCGUUUCAGCAAAUUAAAAAUCAAACUCCACAUUUUCUAACUGGAAUUUGGCGUUGGGGAAAACAGAAAUUUGUUUAAAUCUGGUUUUGCUAUUUGGUAAUUAGAGGAGCCUGCUUUGCAAUUUAUCACCUGCUGUACUGCAGCACCCAGAAAUACUAAGAUUGCAACCCACAAAGGGGGAAAUGUCAGAGAGUUGUAAUUUUUGGCCUUAGUUUAUCCCUUUGCACCCUUGUAUUGCAGCGGGGAGGUGAGGGUGUCCAUCGGGUUGAAAUGCUGUAAUACUGAGGAAUAUCGGAUUGUUCCUAGGCGCAAUGUACAAAAGUUAAAUGCAGCCAAACAGAAGAGUAAAAACUUAAUAUUGAAGUUCAGAUCAUAUUGAUCUUUCCUUUUUUGUUUUCUUUUUCUUUUUAACUAUGACUUGAAUCAGUUUUGAUUCUAUUUGUACGUGUUUUCUUGUUCUUAGAAAGCUGCCAUUUUCUUUUGCGUUUUUCUUUGGCAUUACAUAGAAAAUCUGAGCCUUGGUUUUCAACCCUCUGCAGGUGAUUGUGGGGUUAAGAUGGCUUUGUUUGUUUGUUUGUUUUGUUCUUACAUUUCACUUGUCUUGUUGCAUGAAGGUUAGUAGCCGAUUUGGAAAUGACAUUUCUCUCCUAGGUUAAUUUUGUGUUUGUAAGAUGUGCAUAUUGCUUUGCAGAAUAAAAACGAGGAAGUUUA